AUGUCCGAACUGCAUGAGCUUUGCCAGCUCGAACGACCAAUAACAAAAGGCCAUCUCGAGAAGCUCAAAGAGUAUUUGUCUGCUGGAAUUCCAGCAACGUAUACGCUCGAGGAGGUGGAUCAGUUUGAGAGGGGAGUUGAAGAGGAGCUUUCGUCUACCACAACCCCAUUACAUCUGAUCUGUGAAAAUAUCUCUCACGAUUUCACGCCAGAAGAGGAGGAAAUCGUGGUGUCGAUGAUCGACGAGCUGUUUUUGAACGGAGCCGGCUGGUGCCUGGUCAGUGCGAAAAACGAGACUCCUGGCUGUGUGUUGGAAAGACGAGGCUUUCAUGGCUCUAAAUAUUGGGAGCAAAUAGUUUCUGCUGGAGUUCGUGCUGAAGUACUCAUUCGGCACAUGGAAUCCAACAUCGAGUUUAUUGAGGAAGACGAGGUGGAUGCCUACGAGGAAGAACCGGCAAAGGAGGAGCAACAGAACGAGAAUAAGCAGGAACACGAUCCUGCUGGAGAUAGCGAUACAUUUUUAAAGACCAAGUUAGAGUAUACUGACGAUGCAUUGCUAACAGAUAGAAAAGACGGGGUGAUGAUGCAAUGGGAAGAGAAACUGAUGAGAGCCGGGUGCGAGUCCUUGUUCAAGAGCGUUGAGGACCCCAAUAAUGUGGUAGUGCUUAAUAUCGGAUUUGGCAUGGGGAUAAUAGACAACAUGAUCCAGGAGAAAAACCCAGCUAAACAUUACAUCUGUGAGGCUCACCCUGACGUGCUUGCCAAAAUGCAGAAAGAUGGCUGGAUGGACAAGGAUAACGUGGUGGUGCUGAGGGGGAAGUGGCAGGACACUUUGCCACCACUUCUGAACGAGGGAGUGUUUUUCGACGGAAUUUAUUUCGAUACGUUCAGCGAGCAAUACUCUGACAUGCUGGAGCUGUACGACCUUCUUGUGGGGUUGCUGAAGCCAGAAGGAAUAUUUUCGUUUUUCAACGGCCUGGGAGCAGACAGAUUGGUGUGCUACGAGGUGUAUAAGCGCGUUGUGGAGCUGGAUCUGGAGAACUACGGACUCAAGACGGAAUUCACCGAGAUUGAGGUGCCGAGGACCACCAAGCCAGACGCCAAAGACAGCGUCUGGGCAGACAUCUACCGGCCGUACUGGACGUGUCCUGUGUACUAUCAUCCCGAGGCGAAGUUUAUGUAG